AUGUCCGGACAGAAGAUACGAUUCUUGACCUCUGCUGAGAAGAUGUCAUCUCUUGGCAAACACUCAAGGAUCGAUGAACGCAUGGAGGGCGACCCAAACGCCUUUGUCUCUGUUCUCAUCGAUGGAGACUGCUUUCAGUUUCUGGACAAAUACGUCUGCAGUGACCAAGAUGGAGGCAGAGAAGCUGCCGUAGCACUGACCCAUGCUAUCGGUGAAUGGCUGCUCGAAUGGAAGUUUGAAGUGAUGCCUUUGACAGUCCGCAUUUCGGGCAAUCACGAAUGGCUCGGCGACGCCUAUUUUGAUGCGAAUGUGAUACCAACCCGCGCGAAUUUCGGAUGGUUUCUUCAAGGUUUCAACAGCGUUGAGUCAUUGGUUGAGUUCGUUCCCACUGAAGAGAGAGUAAGCAUGCCCGCUUAUCGAGGGCGCAGCCUAACGGACACCCUCAAAGUCAACCUCUUGGAUCCACACUGCAAACUGAUUCUUUUUGGAGGUGUGAUCGAUGAGAGAGCCACCAAGAUCGUGCAAGACUACAAUACAGCAACAGAAAAAUUGAUGGUCUUCAAGAACUCACGAGGCGCACAAAGCUUGACACGGUUACUGCCCAAGUUACAGCAAUGCUCGUUUCAAGGCAUAUUCCGUGACAUCGAGCAUCGACCCCAAGUAAAGAGGCCGAAGCCAGUCAUCUAUCGAAACGCCCUUGGUCAGAGAGUCGACCCUCCCAUCAGACCCAUGGAAUCGGUCAUCUCAUGGCUUCGACAUAAAAAAUACUGCAACUAUCAUUAUCUCCGCGGGGAAUGCCCAGAUAGUCGUUGCACCGCCCGCCACGAUGGACGACUUGAUAGUGAACAACUGAAUGGACUUCGGUACUUGGCAAGAGGCCUUCCGUGCCGACAGUCGAAUACCUGCCGGGAUCCAAUCUGCUAUGCUGGCCAUCAUUGCCCUGUGCCGACUUGCCAUCAGACGAAUUGCAAAUUUUACGGCGACAUGCAUAUCACAGACUUAAGAGUAGUGUCCGAGGAUGGAUGA